GUGUGUGUGUGUGUGUGUGUGUGUGUGUGUGUGUGUGUGUGUGCGUGUGCGUGUGCGUGUUUGUGUGUUUGUGUUUGUUUCUGUGCAGACCAGGGAGCGGAUCACCGUGAGGUCACGAUGUUCUGGCCAGUUAAAGAGCUUAACUUUGGAGGCCACGCCCCCUCAGUCACAUGACUCGACUAAUAACAGAAUAUAAAUCCAGUUGUUCACUGAAUUGUCCCACAGAAACUGAAGUGGGCGUUUCAGCAUCAGCCUGAAACCGCGAGCGGAACCGGCUUGUUGCACUUGAAUUAAAUUAAAAAGGCAAGGUAACGUAAAUGCAAUUAUUCCCCUGACAACAUGUCAGGAUGUUAUCAAUAACCUAAUCUCUAAAAUCUGAAAUAUUGAUGCCGUUGCUCUCACCAGUAAGAUGAGAACAACGGCAUCAAUUUUAAAUUUAAUCUUCUGAGUCCUGUGGAUUUAUGUCUUUUAUGAAUCGAAAAAAAAGUUUAUAAAUCAUCCGUCACUUCCUCCACAUGAGGUAUCGACUGUGUCUGUCGACCACAGAAGAAACCGUGCAACAUUUAAAAUCCCUCGUCUUGUGUUUCAAGUCUAAAAAUUCCAAAAUAAAAGAUGUCAAGUCCUUUAAGAGGAAGGUCAGUGCUUUUAUUUGUGUCGUCCUUUCCUCUUGGUUACUUUGAGAACCGGAGAUGCUUCGAGACAUUAGAGACGUUUAACUCAAUUACAUGUGGAUGUUCCAGGUCACAUGUCGACGCCCGGGCCUUGAGCCAGCCACUGCGCAAAGACUCUGGGAGGAGGUUGAAAGCUCCAGAAGUCAUGAGAGCUCCUUCUCUCUCUCUCUCUGUCCGCCUCUUCGCCUCUUCCAUUCCCUCUGUUCCUCUGUGGUCGGAGGUGAAGGAUGCUGCCCCGCAGACUUCUGGGUCUGCUGGGACUCUUCGCGCUCUGCGAAGGCCAGGAGGAGAGCGGCGAGGGCGAGCCCUGCGACAACUUCACCGACCUCAACCUGUCGCACUGCCUCAUGGGAACCAGCCUGUACGUGCGGCUGCUGCUCUACACCCGCUCCAACCUCGACUGUGGCCGCGAGGUCGACCACCACCACCCAUCCUCGCAGCCGCUGUUCAACCUGUCCCGCCCCACCGCCUUCGUCAUCCACGGCUACCGGCCCACCGGGGCGCCGCCCAUCUGGAUCGACCACGUGGUGCGCCUGCUGGCCGAGCAGGACGACAUGAACGUCAUCGUGGUGGACUGGAACAAGGGUGCGGCGAACCUCAACUACUUCACCGCCGUGACCUACACGAGGGAGGCCGCCCACAACCUGACGGGCUUCAUCAUGACGAUGGAGGAGGAAGGAGCGUCUCUGAGCUCCGUGCACCUCCUGGGCGUCAGUCUGGGAGCUCACCUGGCCGGAUUCGUGGGCGCAAACCUGAAGGGAAAGAUCGGACGCAUCACAGGUCUGGACCCGGCAGGUCCGAUGUUCACCAGCGCCACGCCGGACCAGAGGCUGGACCCCUCGGACGCCAUGUUUGUGGACGUUCUUCACACCGACAUGAACUCAUUCGGACUGAGAGGAGCUCACGGCCACAUCGACUUCUAUGCCAACGGCGGAGCCGACCAACCGGGGUGUCCCAAAACCAUUUUUGCAGGUAAAUCUUACUUUGUGUGUGACCACCAGCGCUCGAUGUUUCUGUACUUGUGCGCUCUGAACCGAACCUGCCGCCUCACCGGUUACCCCUGCUCGUCCUACAGCGACUUCCUGGACGGCAGGUGUCUGCAGUGCGAGGCCUUCAAGCCCAGCCCCUGCCCCGUCCUCGGCUACGACGUGGGCCAGUGGAGAGACACUCUGCUGCGACUCGGACAGACCAAGGUCUUCUUCAGCACCACCGCCACGCUGCCCUACAGGAAGCUGAGCUACAGAGUGGACAUGGUCACCUGGAACCAGUACCUGCGCUGGGGCGUCGUCUACAUCCGACUGCACAGCGGCAGAGACGUCACAGAGGCUCGAAUUGACCAUAAGCUGUACCGGCUGGAGCAGUACACCUCGACCCGCCUGCUGGCCCAGUUCGACGAGGAUCUGCCGCAGGUCCAGAAGAUCUCGCUCCGCAUCAACACCGGCAACGUGAUCGGGCCCCGGUACAAGAUCCGCCUGCUGCGCAUCCGCUUCACGCCUCUGGGACGUCCGGAGAGGCCGUUGAUGUGUCGUUUCGACGUCAUCAUGGAGGAGAACAUGGAGGUGGCGUUUCGACCUCUGUCCUGCGACUCUCGCCUCUGAUGCCCUCACCACACAGACUCCUCCUCCUCCUCCUCCUUCUUCUAUGGAAACACAACCCCCCCCCCCCGUCAGCGGAACGUCAGCGCGUUGUUGCGUACGAUGGAAGCCACGUCUCCUCCGCUGCACCAGAUCACUUCUCCUGAUGGAUCUUCACAAGCCCAACUGCAGCUUUAGGGAAACUGUCAGUAAAACUUCAGACACACACGCACACAGGCACGCGCACGCACGCACACACGCACGCACACACACACACACGCACACAGGCACACGCACGCACACACGCACGCACACACACACACACGCACACAGGC